CUCAAUGUGUCACGUCAGACAAACCAACAGUCUGUCAAAAUGUCAGGCAGCAUUGAUACUAACCUACUUGUGUUUUAAACCAGCUGAUAUAUACACUGCCAUUGAUUUCUGAUAGAUUAUUAACAAAACAGUGUUGAAAGUGAUGGUGGUGGCAAGUUUAUUUGGAGUAAGUUACAUGAAAGGAAUCGGUUGGGAUUUCCAGCAUAACUGACACUUACCCUAAUACGUGACAAGUACCUCCCAACCAUGCCGAUGCUGUUAUUAGGAGGAGGAAAAGCCAACACCAGACAAUUUUGACUUCACACCUAUGCAUGGAAAACAUACAAUGAAUUAUUAACCACAGAGACUAAAGGUUUGGAUGCUGCUAUCUAACAGAGACCAACUCCAGAUGGAAUACUUGUCUCACAUGGGCUAAUCUGCAGUCUGCUGGUUCCAACAUCAAAUAUUAAAAGGAAUUUAAUUUGCAUACUUUUGGAUGGACCACUUACUGACAGAUUAACAGCAAAUGCUCUAUUAUAUAGUGUAUAGCUAUAAAGUGCAAUGAAAAAAAUGACAGGAGGUGAUAAUUGAAAAAAAUGACUGGAGGUGAUAAUUGAAAAAAAUGACUGGAGGUGAUAAUUGAAAAAAAUGACUGGAGGUGAUAAUUGAAAAAAAAAGCUCUAUUUGUUGCUUGGAUUUUGUUCAAAAAAAAUUUGCGAGGAAUAGAUUUAAACCUUGUGUGAAAUUUGCAAAAGUUAAAGCUCUUAGUGAAAAUAAUAAAAUAUAUUUCCUUUGGGAUAGCAUGACUAUUCUAAUUCUUAUUUGAACCAAGUGGGAUAAUGUGAUUGUAAACAAGCUUAGAUUUUAGUAAGAAAAGUGAGAAGUGUGAAAGAUAACAAAGUUAAAAAAAUAUUCUUACAAGAAAUGGUGAUUUGUGUUUGUAUUUAGUUACAGUUUUAUGAAAUUCAAAGUCCCAGGAUAAGCAUUAUGGGUCAAUUAAACAGGAACAUAAGUGAAAAUUUGAAAAUCAAUGGAACAGAUACAAUUACACUUAAACAUAGUAAAGUGUUAGUUGAGAUUAAAUAAGGGAAAACAAGCCAGUCGUUAUAGGAUUUUUAAAAGCUUAAAUCUAUCAAAAUAAUGCUUGCGAAGAAUAUUCCAAACAGUCGUUUCUAUCAUUUAAAAAGAAUGAUAAAGUGAGUUUGUUUUAGUCAUAUUGAAAUACAUGCAUCAAUUAAAUUGUGAAUUGAAGUUCUUUAAAUACAAGUUUCUAGUACUCAGUUUUCCAAAAUAGUGGCCAUACCAAAAAAUGACCAGAGCCAUAUGUCCUUCAAAGCAGCUGAAUUACCUAAUAAAAUCAUUCUUUAUCAGAAAUGCAACAGAGAGUUUCAACUAUAGAUCUGGAAGCUUCAUACAGCAAUAAACAGCAUGUAGACACCCCUACUUGAUUAAUUACUGGAUGACCCAAUGGUGAUAUUGAUGACAGUGGCUCUUGAAGUAUUCUACCAAUUAGGUUUAUCAAUGUUUUAUUGAUUAUCAAUAAAUUCUACUCAGAUUUUUGGAAUCACUACUGAAAAUAAUCUGAUGUCUUAUUGAGCUGGAUGCAAUUCUAUGAUGUUUAAACCACACAGUACAGUGCAUUAUUGGAAAAGCUAAUCUACACUUCAACUACUCUCCAUAGAUUUAAUAUACUCUCAAAAGAAUUAUACUGGCACACUGUUAUUUGUGUUAUUUGUUUGUUUUUCUUGAGAAAAAACCUUCAAUAUUUCCCCCUGAUUUCUUUAAGUCACAUUGACAUGUUUUAGUAUGCUUUGUACCAAAUACAAUGUUUGUUACUACUUAAUUUAGACAACAUGUUUUGCAAAAAAAAAUACUUGAUAGCAUAAACUGAAACAUUAAAUCAAUAUGGCUUCUUGUCUUUUCUCUCUGCUCAUUGAUUGACUCACAAAUGCAAUGGCAUUCCCUCAUUAAACCAAUACACCAUUCAUCAUAGCUAAAGACAUUUUUAAAGAAGACCAAAUAAUGACCCUGUGCAGUUUGUUUCCAAUAUGACCGACAAACAACACAGCAAUGCUAAAAAGACGUUCAUUAAAGAAGACUGAACAAAGACCUCUGAAAGAAGUCUAAGAAUCUAAGUGAGCUUUCAACAGGGCAAAACAAUCUGAAGUGUAUUGUACAAGAACAACAAAAAAUGUGCACAAAUUACAGCUUCUUGUAUGUUCUAGUAGUUCAAAUUACUGUGCUAAUGAUCCAGGAAUCUACAAGUUUCAACUUGGAGACAAGUGUCAACAUGUCGUCUGCUUUGACCACUAUCGUGCCAUCCCCGAUAUUCAAUGGAACAUUCCGAGUUUAUUUCCAGCCAGAGUCAAUAAUUGAUCUGGGGAAAGGCUGUAACUCCACUGUCUAUUUCAACUGUACAGUGGAGGACAACAUUGGUGACACCAAAACUGGUCGUGAUUUUCACCAAGUGAACGACUUUCACACAACAACUUUCUUCGCACGUGUAACCACUGGAGAUGCCAGAAUAGUGCAAUUUAUCCUCCCAGCGGCUAUGGUUACUAAGGACCCUCGGCGGGAACUGAUUCUGGGGCCUCACUUAACGGACGAGCUUCGAUUUAAGUUGAAUAUACAUGGUGUAAACAAUUUCUCGAUUCAAGCCAUGCAGAUAGGUUACGUGACCGUUUUUGUGACGAUUUUCGGAACAAGCUCUGUCGUGGUCGCACAGUCCUCGCCAACUUUUCAAAACAUGGGUCAGGGAAGCUUAAAAGUGGCCGUAGUUCCACGGCAGAAAGUGGCAGAUUUUGUUUUUGACUGCUCCGCCGCCGCUGUAGCCAUUUUAAUCAGUUUUGCCAUCGGAUGUGUGACAGACACGGAAAACUUGAAGCGUCAACUCAAGUACCCUGUAUCGCUCGUUAUUGGAUUUUGUUGCCAAUUUCUACUUAUGCCAGUUCUUGCCUUUGGCCUUGCGAUGAUUCUACCGCUGGAGAAGAACGUGAGGUUUGGCCUGCUGUGCGUGGCGUGCGUGCCCGGGGGAGGGCUCGGACACGUGGCUGUCAUCAUCAGCAACGCCGACCUGCCCCUCAGCCUCACUAUGAACCUGAUCAGCACCGUUACCAUGCUAGGUACGGCGCCACUUUGGAUCUUUGUCCUCGGUCAAUACUUCCAGCAGACGGAAGGCUCCAAAAUCAUCCCCAUCUACAACUUCGAGAUCUGGCUUGCCUCCACCUUCUUUGCCUACACCGCUGGACUGGUCAUUAACCGGUUUAAACCGAACAUCGCUGAAGCCCUUCUUACGUGGUUUAUAAAACCGUUGCUUCUAUUGACCACCAUUUUGUACAUUACCGUCGGGGUGUAUAUAAACAUGUACGUGUUCGAGGCGGUGAACAACUGGACCAUAGUGGCGGCAAUGUUGUUACCUCUGUGCGGAGUGCUAGUGGGGUCAGUACUUUCCAUAAUUUUCAAACAAAAAUCAAAUUUUUGCAAAACUAUAGCGGUGGAGACGUCUAGUCUGAAUUGUCUGAUAGUUUUAGCAGCGCUGCGAUUCUCGCUCAAUCAACCCGAUGCAAAUAUAGCGUCUGUUAUUCCAAUCUGGGUCAUGUUUACCAUUCCUGCCCUCUACGUGAUUCUCGCUGUAUUUGGAUUGCUGAAAGCUCGUGUAGACACGUACAUGGAAAGCCGGAGGAAAAAUCAAACGCGACAAUACAGCAUCGCGUCUGGUAUUGUUAACCAAGCAAAUAUGGCAGCGCUUUCUGCACCAUUGUUUAUUACCGAAACAGUUUUGACAGAUGAUGACAACCAAUCCACACUCAGUGAGAAAAUAACUGUGUUAUAGUGGUGAGAUAACUGUGUUAUAGAAGUGAGAUAACUGUGUUAUAGUGGUGAGAUAACUGUGUUAUAGUGGUGAGAUAACUGUGCUAUAUAAGUGAGAUAACUGUGUUAUAGUGGUGUGAUAACUGUGUUAUAGUGGUGAGAUAACUGAGUUAUAGUGGUGAGAUAACGUAUUAUAGUGGUGAGAUAACUGUGUUAUAGUGGUGAGAUAACUGUGUUAUAGUGGUAAGAUAACUUUUUAUGGUGAUUAAAAUAACUGUUUUACAGUGGCAAAAUAACUCUGCUAUAGUGGUGAAGUAACUGUGCUACUGAGGUGAAAUAGUUGUGUUAAAGUGGCAUAAUAUCUCAGGGGGUUUCUGCUAUUUAAAAAAGACCGUAAAACCGACCCAAUCCCACAGCAAAUGGACCUGAUCCCAACUGAAAUUGUAAAAAAAUCCCUUUUUAAAAAACUGUCCUGAUGUGUCAAUAUUUGUUGAUAAAAAAAUCCACAUGAUUUUGGUCUAUUUUGUUAAUAAAAAAAUUCCCAAAUU